UUUCUUCUCGGGCCUUGGCAGUUUCCGGGAGUGCAGGCUCAUGGGAGCCGGAAGUGGAGGCGGUUGGUGGGGUUGGCCGGGCUCAGGGACGCGGUACAAGCUGUAGUUUUCUAUCAGUCUGUGGCUACUGUGUAGUGACCUGCGUCCUGGUCUCUGGGGGGUCGCGGCUGGGUGUGGCUGGGGGAAGCGCCGCAGCAGCGGAAGGAAAGCAGUGUGGGCGAGGCACCCGCAGCAGAGCUCAUGGCCUCCUGCGCUAGCAUCGACAUCGAGGACGCCACGCAGCACCUGCGGGACAUCCUCAAGCUGGACCGGCCCGCGGGGGGCUCCAGUGCUGAGAGUCGGCGGCAAUCCAGUGCCUACAACGGGGACCUCAAUGGGCUCUUGGUCCCAGACCCCCUCUGUUCAGGUGAUGGUAUCUCAGCGAACAAGUCUGGUCUUCGGGCCAUGCCACCAAUUAACCUACAGGAAAAGCAGGUCAUCUGCCUGCCUGGAGAUGACAGCUCCACUUGCAUUGGCAUUUUGGCCAAGGAGGUAGAGAUUGUGGCCAGCAGUGACUCCAGCAUUUCAAGCAAGGCUCGGGGAAGCAAUAAGGUAAAAAUCCAGCCUGUUGCCAAGUAUGACUGGGAACAGAAGUACUACUAUGGCAACCUGAUUGCCGUAUCUAACUCCUUCUUGGCAUAUGCUAUUCGAGCUGCCAAUAAUGGCUCUGCAAUGGUGCGAGUGAUCAGUGUCAGCACUUCAGAACGGAUCCUGCUCAAGGGCUUCACUGGGAGUGUGGCUGAUCUGGCCUUUGCACACCUCAACUCUCCACAGCUGGCCUGCUUAGAUGAGGCAGGCAACCUGUUUGUGUGGCGUUUGGCUCUGGUUAAUGGCAAAAUUCAAGAAGAAAUCUUAGUUCAUAUCCGGCAGCCAGAAGGCUCACCACUAAACCACUUCCGAAGGAUUAUUUGGUGCCCCUUCAUUGCUGAGGAAAGUGAGGAGUGCUGUGAGGAAAGCAGCCCAACUGUGGCUCUGUUGCAUGAAGACCGGGCUGAGGUCUGGGACCUGGAUAUGCUCCGUUCUAACCACAGCACUUGGCCUGUGGAUGUCAGCCAAGUCAAACAGGGCUUCAUUGUGGUAAAAGGCCAUAGCACGUGCCUAAGUGAAGGAGCCCUCUCUCCUGAUGGAACUGUCCUGGCUACUGCAAGCCAUGAUGGCUAUGUCAAGUUCUGGCAGAUCUACAUUGAGGGGCAAGAUGAGCCAAGGUGUCUACAUGAGUGGAAGCCUCAUGAUGGACGGCCCCUUUCUUGUCUUCUGUUCUGUGACAACCAUAAGAAACAGGACCCUGAGGUCCCUUUCUGGAGGUUCCUCAUUACUGGCGCUGACCAGAAUCGUGAGCUGAAGAUGUGGUGCACCGUAUCUUGGACCUGCCUGCAGACCAUUCGCUUCUCCCCAGAUAUCUUCAGCUCAGUUAGUGUCCCCCCCAGCCUCAAGGUUUGCUUGGAUCUCUCAGCAGAAUACCUCAUUCUCAGUGAUGUACAACGGAAGGUCCUCUAUGUGAUGGAGCUGCUGCAGAACCAGGAAGAAGGCCGUGCCUGCUUCAGCUCCAUCUCAGAGUUCCUGCUCACUCAUCCUGUGUUAAGCUUUGGGAUCCAGGUUGUGAGUCGCUGCAGGCUGAGGCACACUGAGGUGCUGCCUGCCGAGGAGGAGAAUGACAGCCUGGGGGCUGAGGGUUCCCAUGGAACUGGUGCCAUGGAGUCUGCAGCCGGCGUGCUCAUCAAACUCUUCUGUGUGCAUACUAAGGCACUUCAAGAUGUUCAAAUCCGAUUCCAGCCACAGCUGAACCCUGAUGUGGUGGCUCCACUCCCUACUCACACUGCCCGUGAGGACUUUGCCUUUGGAGAGUCUCGGCCUGAACUGGGUUCUGAAGCCCUGGGGUCAACCACGCAUGGCUCCCAGCCUGACCUCCGACGAAUUGUGGAGCUCCCUGCACCUGCUGAUUUCCUGAGCCUUAGCAGUGAGACCAAGCCCAAGUUGAUGACCCCUGAUGCCUUCAUGACUCCCACUGCCUCUCUGCAGCAGAUCACUGCAUCCCCUAGCAGCAGUAGCAACAGCAGCAAUAGUAGCAGCAGCAGCAGCAGCAGCAGCAGCUCUCUUACAGCUGUGUCUGCCAUGAGCAGCACCUCAAAUGUGGACCCCCCCUUGCCCAGACCACCUGAAGAGCUGACCUUGAGCCCAAAGCUACAGAUGGAUGGAGGUCUGACAAUGAGCAGCAGCAGCAGCCUGCAGGGAAGCCCACGCAGCCUUCUUCCCAGCUUGGUCCCAGGUCCAGCUGAUAAAUUGACUUCUAAGGGGUCUGGACAGGUAUCUACUGCUGCCUCUGCACUGUCCCUGGAGCUGCAAGAAGUAGAGCCUCUGGGGCUCCCUCAGGCCUCCCCCAGUCGCACCCGUUCCCCUGAUGUUAUUUCCUCAGCUUCCACUGCCCUGUCCCAGGACAUCCCUGAGAUUGCAUCUGAGGCCCUGUCCCGUGGCUUUGGUUCAUCUGCUCCUGAGGGCCUUGAAUCAGACAGUAUGGCCUCAGCUGCCUCAGCAUUACAUCUGCUUUCUCCACGGCCCCGGGCAGGGCCUGAGCUUGGCCCUCAGCUUAGCCUGGAUGUUAGCUCUGGGGAUGGGGAUCGCCAUAGUACCCCCUCCCUCUUGGAGGCAGCCUUGACCCAGGAGGCUGCAACCUCUGAUAGUCAGGUCUGGCCUACAGCACCUGACAUUACUCGUGAGACCUGUAGCACCCUGGCAGAGAGCCCCAGGAAUGGCCUCCAGGAAAAGCACAAAAGCUUGGCCUUCCACCGACCACCUUAUCAUCUGCUGCAACAGCAUGACAGCCAGGACACUAGUGCUGAACAAAGUGACCAUGAUGAUGAGGUGGCCAGCCUUGCUUCUGCCUCAGCAGGCUUUGGAACCAAAAUCCCCACUCCCCGGGUGCCUGCUAAGGACUGGAAGUCCAAGGGAUCUCCUCGUUCUUCACCCAAGCUCAAACGGAAAAACAAGAAGGAUGAUGGGGAUUUAGCUGUGGGAUCCCGGCUCACAGAGCACCAGGUGUCAGAGCCCACUGAGGACUGGCCAGCACUAAUUUGGCAGCAGCAGAGAGAGCUGGCAGAGCUACGGCACAGCCAAGAAGAGCUACUACAGCGUUUGUGUAACCAACUUGAAAGCCUGCAGAGCACGGUCACAGGCCAUGUAGAACGUGCCCUUGAGACACGGCACGAGCAGGAACAGAGGCGGCUGGAGCGGGCACUGGCUGAGGGACAGCAGUGGGGUGGACAGUUACAAGAGCAGCUUACACAGCAGCUGUCUCAAGCACUAUCUUCAGCUGUAGCUGGGCGGCUAGAGCGCAGCUUACGGGAUGAGAUCAAGAAGACGGUUCCUCCAUGUGUCUCCAGGAGCUUGGAGCCUGUGGCCAACCAGUUAAACAAUUCAGUGGCUACCAAGCUCACAGCUGUGGAGGGCAGUAUGAAAGAGAACAUCUCUAAGCUGCUCAAGUCCAAGAACUUGACAGAUGCUAUUGCCCGAGCUGCUGCAGACACAUUGCAGGGGCCAAUGCAAGCUGCCUACCGUGAAGCCUUUCAGAGUGUGGUGCUGCCAGCCUUCGAGAAAAGCUGUCAGGCCAUGUUCCAGCAGAUUAAUGAUAGCUUUCGGCUAGGCACACAGGAAUACUUACAGCAGCUAGAGAGCCACAUGAAGAGCCGGAAGGUACGGGAACAGGAGGCCAGGGAACCUGUGCUGGCCCAGCUUCGAGGCCUGGUUAGCACACUCCAGAGUGCCACAGAGCAGAUGGCGGCCACUGUGUCUAGCAGUGUUCGGGCUGAGGUGCAGCACCAGUUGCACGUAGCUGUGGGCAGCCUGCAGGAGUCAAUUCUAGCACAGGUACAGCGCAUCGUUAAGGGUGAAGUGAGUGUUGCACUCAAGGAGCAGCAGGCUGCCGUCACCUCCAGCAUCAUGCAGGCCAUGCGCUCUGCUGCAGGCACACCUGUCCCCUCUUCUCACCUUGACUGCCAUGCCCAGCAAGCUCAUAUCCUGCAACUGCUACAACAGGGCCACCUAAAUCAGGCCUUCCAGCAGGCACUGACUGCUGCUGACCUGAACCUGGUGCUGUAUGUGUGUGAAACUGUGGACCCAGCCCAGGUUUUUGGGCAGCCACCCUGCCCACUCUCCCAGCCUGUGCUCCUUUCCCUCAUCCAGCAGUUGGCAUCUGACCUUGGCACUAGAACUGACCUGAAGCUCAGCUACCUGGAAGAGGCUGUGAUGCACCUGGACCACAGCGACCCCAUCACUCGCGACCAUAUGAGCUCAGUCAUGGCCCAAGUUCGACAGAAACUCUUCCAGUUCCUGCAGGCUGAGCCACACAACUCGCUUGGGAAAGCAGCCCGACGUCUCAGCUUGAUGCUACAUGGCCUUGUGACCCCCAGCCUCUCUUAGCAGCUAAGCCUGCCUUGUGCAGGGGUGGGGUGACGCUAAAGGCCAGCAGACAGGCCUAGGCCAAGGUGGGGUUGUGUCUGCUAUUUACCUGCUCAGGCCUCCACCUAAGGUGUUUAGGGGUGGGGGACAGGAUGCAGUGGCUGUGGUCUAUGGAUUGUGGUAGCCACCAGGGUUAGGCUGGGCCCACGACAGGUACUGUGCCUUCUUGGGUUCUGCCGUGCCUGGAGCAUGACCCCGAGAUUGUAACACCACUUGAGUUUUCUGUGUUCCUUUUUACCUCCGAUUUGGAUUUUUUUGUUUUUGAAAAACAUUGAGAAUUCAAUUACAUGUUUUUUGAAUAAAAUGGAGUAUGUGUAUGAGUUU